AAAUACACAUCCAACAUUCCGGUAAAGGCUGGACGAACUGACUGAGGCUCUGCUCGUACUGCUGACAAGAAACUAUAGUCAGACACCAUCAUGAACUCUCAGGAUCUCAAACACCCUAAGAAGGAUAUUGGAAAGUUGUUGUACACAGAUCUUCUUCCUUUGUCUAAAGAUGGUUAUGACGUUACUGAAGAGUUUCUUGUACACGUGGUUCAAAUUAUUCUGGAUUUUCUAAAAAAGUCCAAUGACCGAACUACCAAAGUCGUGGAUUUUCACCAACCUCAUCAACUUAGAGAAUUUCUGGAUAUGGAAAUCCCAGAUGAUCCUCAACCUCUAGACCAGCUGUUGGUUGACUGUAGAGACAGCCUUAAGUAUCAAGUCAAAACAGCACAUCCUUACUAUUUUAAUCAACUGUCUUGUGGAUUGGAUAUGGUAUCUCUAGCAGGAGAAUGGCUGACUGCUGCUGCAAAUACUAACAUGUUCACCUAUGAAAUUGCCCCUGUCUUCAUCCUCAUGGAACAGGUCACUUUGAAGAAGAUGAGAGAGAUCAUUGGUUUUCCCAACGGUGACAGUAUUUUGGGUCCAGGCGGCGCUAUCUCCAAUCUGUAUGCGAUGCUAGUUGCCCGGCACAAGAUGUUCCCUAACUACAAGCAACAAGGAUUAAAAACUCUACCCCAGUUAGUUAUGUUCACCUCGGAACAUAGUCAUUAUUCCAUCAAAGGUGCUGGAAUGGUGUCUGGACUAGGUACAGAUAAUGUCAUUGAGGUUCCAUGUGACGACAGGGGUAAAAUGAUUCCAGCAGAACUAGAGAAAAGAGUUCGUGAGGCAAAAGCCAAAGGUCAGCGCCCAUUUUUCGUUAACUGUACAGCUGGAACCACGGUGCUCGGCGCAUUUGAUCCUAUUCAUCCCCUAGCGGAUAUCUGUGAAAAAUACGACAUGUGGCUCCAUGUGGACGCUGCCUGGGGUGGAGGCUGUCUACUCUCGCAAAAAUACAAGUCUCGCCUGGCUGGCAUCGAAAGAUCUCAGUCGGUCACCUGGAAUCCACAUAAGUUGAUGGGUUCUCUGCUCCAAUGCUCAACUGUUCACUUCAAAGAGGAUGGUCUUCUAAUAAGCUGUAACAUGUUGUGUGCAGACUAUUUGUUCCAACAAGACAAGCACUAUGACGUAACUUACGACACAGGAGACAAGGUUAUACAAUGUGGUCGGCAUAACGACAUUUUCAAGCUCUGGCUGAUGUGGCAGUCAAAGGUAGCGUAA